CAUUCACACAUCUCGACUGCGCAGACGUCCUCCUCCACACACCGCCUCCGCCAAAGUCUAACUGACGACCGAAACACCACCACCACCACCACCACCACCAUGAAUUGCCCCUCGCGCGUAGACCCAGACCCGCACGAGGGCUGGAACCAGAACCCGUCUGCCUUCGCCGCCGACCUCACCACCCGGGAAGACUUCAACGGCCGCGCCAACCAGCGCACUCUCCGCCGCGACGACGACGACGCCAACGCCAACGCCGGGCCGUCGUCCGACAACCGAGAUACAAGUCACAUAAUCGAACAAGGCAGCGCAGGACCGAGUGCGGGACUCAGCAUGCGGCGGUCCGUUGGUCGGGCCGUCGGGGGAGAGGGGGGGAAGGAUGUCAGUAGCGUCGUCGACAUCCAGCGGGUGGCGAGCGCCUCGAGUGUAGGAGGAGGAAGAGAGGCGGCGCGCAGACGUCGAGCGAGUAUGGCCGCCAGUCGGGGCUUCUUGCUCAAGCGUGGAGCUGGAAAUGCAUUCACGCGUGCAAAGGCGGUUCUGGCAAAGUAUGCGAACUUUGUGGGGCCGGGGUUUAUGGUUGCUGUGGCGUAUAUUGAUCCUGGCAACUAUGCGACGGACGUGGCUGCGGGUGCAACGUAUCGCUACAGACUGCUGUUCAUCAUCCUGAUGUCCAACAUCUUCGCCAUCUUCCUGCAGUCGCUGUGCAUCAAGCUGGGCACCGUCACGGGCAUGAAUCUCGCUGAAAACUGCAAGGCUCAUCUGCCCCGAUGGCUCAACUACGUGCUCUACUUCUUCGCCGAGUCUGCCAUCAUCGCCACCGACAUCGCGGAGGUCAUCGGCUUCGCCAUCGCGCUCAACGUGCUCAUCAAGGUGCCGCUCGUGGCCGGCUGUGCAAUCUCCAUCAUCGACGUCAUGAUCAUCCUCUUCUUCUACCGCCCGUCCGGCUCCAUGCGCGGCCUGCGCUACUUUGAGGGCUUCGUGGCGCUGCUCGUGCUGGGCGUCGUCGUCUGCUUCAUCAUCCAGCUGUCCUACAUCAAGAACACGUCUGUCGGCGACGUGUUUCGCGGAUACCUGCCCUCGUCCGCGAUUGUGCAGUCCAAGGGCCUCUACCAAUCCUGCGGCAUCCUCGGCGCAACGGUGAUGCCACACUCACUCUAUCUCGGCUCCGGCAUCGUCCAGCCACGCCUCCGCGAAUUCGACCUAGCCGCCGGACUCAUCCCCCCAAACACAACCCUCCACGACGACGACACCGCCUCCACAACCUCCUCCACCCUCCCCCCCGAAAAAUACCGCCCCUCCCUCUCCGCAAUCCAAUCCUGCAUGAAAUACUCCAUCGCCGAACUCGCAAUCUCCCUCUUCACCUUCGCCCUCUUCGUCAACUCCGCCAUCCUCAUCGUCGCCGGCUCCUCCCUCUACAACCCCUCCUCCAAUCCCUCCUCCCCCUCCGACGCCGAAUCCGCAGACCUCUUCGCCAUCCACGCCCUCCUCUCCUCCUCCCUCGCCCCCGCCGCAGGCACUAUCUUCAUGCUCGCCCUCCUCCUCAGCGGCACCUCCGCCGGCAUCGUCUGCACUAUCGCCGGGCAGAUGGUCAGCGAGGGCCAGUUGAACUGGCAUGUCAAGCCCUGGCUCCGCCGCCUGAUUACGCGCUCGAUUAGCAUUGUGCCGAGUAUUGUUAUUGCUGGGGCGGUGGGCAGGGACGGGUUGUCGAGGGCGUUGGAGGCGUCGCAGGUGGCGCUUUCGGUUAUACUGCCGGUGGUUAGUGCGCCGUUGAUUUGGUUUACGUGUUGUGCGGGGGUUAUGCGGGUUGGGGUUCGGGGUGGUGGUGGUGGUGAGGGUGUGGAUGGGGUUGGAGAGGGAGAGGGGGAUGGAGAGGUGGUGCAGAUGCGGAAUGGGUGGGUUACGGCGGGGUGUGCGUUGGUGAUUUGGGGUGUGGUUGUGGUUAUGAAUGUUGCGCUUUUGGUGCUUGCGGGGUUGGGCGUUGCGUAGGUUGAUGAGUGGUGGGUUGGUGGAUGGGUGGACU